UCUCGUCUCUUCUCUUUCUGUUCGUAUAUAAUAGAGUGGUAAUCGAUUGCAGACUCACAGUCGCUCUACCGUUUAGCUUUAGAAGGACUUCCUUCAGUUUCAGUUCCGAGAAAAGAAACCAAAUACGACUGAUAGCCUGUCUAACUGUUUAAAGAAGGGUACCUUGCGGGCCAUGAAUCCCAGGAGGGAGGUGCGUAGCCAUAGAACCGCUCUCUUCGAUGGCAUUGAGGAGGGUGGUAUCAGGGCCUCCUCAUCAUACUCCUCACAUGAAAUUGAUGAACACGACAAUGAUAGAGCUGUCGAUGGAUUGCAAGACAGAGUCAAUCUACUAAAGAGAUUGACCGGAGAUAUACAUGAGGAGGUUGAGAAUCAUAACCGGGUAUUGGACCGAAUGGGCAAUGAAAUGGAUGCAUCAAGGGGAAUCCUUUCUGGAACUGUGGAUCGAUUCAAGUCGGUUUUCGAGACCAAAUCAAGCCGGAGAAUGUUUACACUUGUGGCAUCUUUCGUCCUCAUCUUCCUGAUCAUAUAUUAUCUGACUAGAUAAUCAAUCUGUCUACAAUUUACUAGGGUACAACUGCUAGGUUUGCUAGACUGGAAAGACUGUUCUCCUUGAUACACCUAAUAUUCACCUAGAUAAGAAUAGUUUCCCCCCCCCCCCCUGUAAGAUAUUUCUGCAUGUGAGUUCAUGAGCACAUUUCAAUGUAUUUGACUUGUUUGCGAAUGUGUGGAAUGGAUUGCAGUUCUUCAUUUCCUGCA